AUGGCCAUCUUCUUGUUUCCGCAGAGUGACUUGUUGGAUGUCAAUCAGAUCAUCAAGGACUUGGCCUCCAUGGUGUCAGAGCAAGGGGAUGCCAUCGGGUCCGGCAGCAGCAACACGUCCCGGCAGAGCUCCAGCCCAGAGCCAGCCGUGGCGGCCCUGCUGCCCGGGCUGGGCUGUGCGCCCCUGCGGCGGGGCCUCCACUCCCGCACCAAGACGCGCAAGCCCAACUUCAGCCCCCAGGAGACGGAGGUGCUGGUGCAGAGGGUGGCACGCCACCACCCGCUGCUGUUCGGGGCGCUGCGGGGCACGCCCUCCCGGAAACACCGCGUGUGGAGCAAGAUCCUGCAGGCGGUGAACGCGCUGGGCUACUGCCGGAGGGACCUGGGCGACCUCAAGCACAAGUGGAGGGACCUGCGAGGGGCGGUGCGCAAGAAACUGGCGGAGCGCCCGCGGGCCCCUGGCCUCAUCCUUACCCCUGUCGAGCGCAUGGUGGCCGAGACCUUCUCAGCCCCAGCCCCCCUAGGCGAGGGCCAGGCCGCCGAGCCCCUGCCAACGGACGAGGAGGAUGAGACCCCCAGCUGCCUCUGGCUACCCCUGCGGACCCUGGAAGGGCCGAGCCUGCCUGAACCUGACCCCUUGGACCUACGAGGAACUAUCCCUGCGCCUACCUCCUCGCCCUCCCCACCGGCCUCCCCAGCCUCCCCAGCCUCGGUGCCUCCUGCGGCUGCGUUCCCAGGGGCUCUUGGGCCCUCCCCACCCUCCACUGCACCACCCCCACCCCCUGGGAGGCCCGCGGGGGAGGCCUCCGAGUUUGAGCAGCGGUUGCUGGACUCCCAUCGGCGACAGGGUGCCCUGCUCUCCCACUGGUCCCAGCAGCAGAGCGCACUGAUGGCCCAGCAGAACCUGCUGCUGCAGAGGCUGGUGGAGCAGAGCCAGCGGCUGGCCGACGGCGUGGAGGCCCUCAACCGGACCCUCGAGAAGCUGGUGGAGGCCUGCCCAGGGCGGGGAUCCUCGCCCCCUGUUGUGGAUGGCACCCCUUCUGGCGGAGCGGCCUGUGGGCCCACCAGAGGCUCCCAGAGCAGCCCCCAGGGCCCCCACCCGGGCCUGGAGGUCUUCUCAGGGAUGAUCCUGAAGGUGGAGGAGGAGGUCUAGGGUCUGGCCCCCAGAGGACUGCACACAGCAGGGACUCCAGCCCUUCUGGGAGGUGGGCUGGGCGAUAGCCGGGCAGAGUUGGGGCCUCGACGGAGCCAUCGAGGACAAAGGACACCCUCAUAGGCAUUGUCUGUGGGGCUCAGUGACAUGCAGGGAAAGGCUCUGGGGCCGGUCUGUGGGUCCUGGGCAGAAGUUACUCAGGGACGUUGUGGCUGGAGGAGGCGGACGGGCGCUGGCUGAGCCCAGCCUCCGCUCCCCAUUCCAUGCUCUCACCGGCUGCACUGAGUGCCUUGGAGGCCAGCGCCGGCACCUCCCUGUGGCUGCACGCCUGGGGUGCCCCCCGGAAGCCACCUCCUCCUGCUCCUCCUGGAUGUGUGGGGUCUGCGGGCUGGGCUCCGGCACUUUCCUUGAUUCUGCCAAGGGCACCACGUCUCGUGGGCCUGUAGUCAUUUCUCCCAGUUUAGAUCUGUGGUGUGAGAGACACAUGGACGCGUAUGUGUGACUUGGUACUGUAUGGGGGGAUGCCAUUUUGUACCUCCUGAUUUUCUUGCAAAAAAAAUAUUUUUCUUAUAUAAGCAUAAAAUAAUGAAAAAGUCA